AUGUAUCUCCCCAUCGAGCUUGUCGAGCUAAUUUUAUCAAACUUUACGCCUCACACUCGUCAUGACCAAGUGGAACUUAAUAAAUCGGAUACAUUUGCAUUAGCAAAAUGUGCGCUGGUCUGCCGAGCAUGGGUUGCCCCAAGUCGCCGCAUUCUUUUUCGCAAUGUCACUAUUGUCGAGCGGAAGGCCUACACCUUUGAGCGCUUGUUUCCCUCUCGGCGAUCUCGCUCUUCUCGUGACACUACAUUCUACCCCUUCGUUCGGGAAUUGCACUUUCGGUUGGCUGAAGGCGGGAAACGCUGGCUCGAAUCAACCUUCCAGCGCAACAUCAGCCCGCAUCUCCAAAAUACAGUCCGACAUCUCUGGCUGCAUGGGCAGGGAUUUGUCAGUCCUGGCCACAAAAAAAUCAAGCCUUGUCCUACCGGCUUCACUCAAGUUACCCAUCUGCGCAUUUCGGGCGUGUGGGGAUUCUCGGUCGUACAAAUGGUGGAAUUUAUUGCCUCCUUCCCAAUGUUGGAGGAGCUGACUAUUGGUGUCUCUGAAUACCUUCGGGGAGCAGAGGGCCCAAUGCCCAGCAAUCAAGUACCAGCCAUGCUUCGUCGCGCUUCCUUCAAAUGGGUGCACUCCCGCCCGAUUUUCGACUGGGUAAGGCUUGGCCGUCCAACAGGCAUGGAGGCAUUGCGAUUUCACUUGCCAAACGAGCACGACUACACCGAUUUCGCGGCUUCGGUGUUUGAAUAUAUUGCCCAACAGGGCUCAUCGUUACUUUCGCUGGGUCUGAUGAUCAAUGAUCAGACACGCUGGCUUUAUGACGCCCGGGGCUUGGACACAGACUCACCGCCACUUUCCAUGCUAUUCUCAGCCUUCCUCCGCUCCAACUCCCGACUUCAACACCUGUUUAUGGACGUUUCUGAGGAAAGUAGAUAUUGGCGGUCCUCUGGCCAUCGCUCCAUCGGCACGCUACUGAUCCGCAACGCCCUCAGCGACAACUCCAGCCGGCUCCGUGCUCUGAAAAUCUUAACGGUGCGAAGCAGCUCAGUCUUUGCUGACGUGAUGGAUGUCCUUCGCCGACCGCCACUCGCGACGCACUAUUCGACGCGUUUUGUGUACACCGGCUCAGUUACUUUUACCAGCUGGUUAGAAUGGCGCCAGGAGUUGGAGAGCAACCGAGUAGAGUGCAUCAUUGGUCAUUGGAUGGACGAAGAUUAUGAUUAUUAG